GGCAGCCGCCGACUCCUCCUUUCCACCCCUCCUUUGCGAGGGGGGGGCGGAGGGGCAGGGCCCGGCCGGGGGAAGGACCCGAGGGGACCCAGCGUGUCCACACGGUGGCUGCGAGAGGACUAAGCAUGGACGGCAGCCGGAGAGUCAGAACAACCCCUGUCCUUCCCAGAUAUUGCCCACCAUGUAUAUUUAAAGGACACUUGAGCACCAAAAGUAAUGCUUUUUGCACUGACUCCUCUUCUCUCAGACUAACCACUCUCCAGCUGGUCAAGAAUCACAUGGCUGUUCACUAUAAUAAAAUCCUUUCAGCCAAAGCUGCAGUGGACUGCUCAGUUCCAAUAAGUGUAAAUACCAGCAUCAAAUAUGCAGACCAACAACGAAGAGAGAAACUCAAAAAGGAAUUAGCACGUUGGGAAAAAGAGUUAAAAUUAGCUAAAACUGCAAUGCAAGCCCAUUCUAAAAUUAAUGCCAAGUCAUUUUUUAACACCCUUCAGAAGCCCUCAGGAGAACUGCAAGACCAGGAUGUGCUAUUAGAAGUAAAUGAAUUUGAGAAGUCAGUAGUACCUUCUCCAGAAACACUGCACCUCAAUCUACCUAAAUCAGAUAAAGUCUUCAUGAUUGGUGAUGAGAAGAACUCCAGCUCCUGUCCACCCAGCCUGGAUUAUCUCCCCGCAGCCCCCAGGAAAUCACGCUAUGGAACCAUGAAUGGCAGAAGGCCCAGAAACACACUCCCAAAUGCUCACAGAUUUCAGCUAGUCAUUUCAAAAGCACCCAGUGGGGAUCUAUUGGAAAAACAUUCUGACCUCUUUUCUAACAAAGAGUUGCCAUUCACUCCACGCACUUUAAAAACAGAUGCAAAAUCUUUCCUAUCACAGUAUCGAUAUUAUACACCUGCCAAACGAAAAAAGGAAUGUUCAGAUCAAAGGACGGAGGCUGAAACUCAGACUGAAUUAAGCAGCUUUAAUUCUGAUUUGGAGACAUCUGAAACAAAGAACUGGCCAGAAUUGGAAGUGAACACAAAGCAGGCAUCUAACAGUACAAUAAAUGGUUCUGAAAGACAGAUAAUUCCCCUGCCUUUCCAAGGGCAUAGCGUCACGUGGGACAAGAUUAAAGAUGCCACCUUGCAGCAUCCCUCUCAACAGACAGUCUGUCAGUAUUCCAUACAGCUUCCUCCGAAGAAUAAACACUACUCUGAUGAAGAAGAGCUUUUGUAUCUAAGUUUCAUUGAAGAUGUAACAGAUGAAAUUUUGAGAAUUGGUGUAUUUUCCAACAGGUUUUUAGAACGCCUAUUUGAGCGACACAUAAAAGAAAAUAAACACCAUUUGGAAGAGGGGAAAAUGCGCCACCUGCUGCAAGGCCUGAAGAUAGACUUGGGCUGCCUGUGCGAGGAAAAUUCAGACAAGCUAAAUGAAGUUGACAGAUUGAAUGUACUUGACCUUUCAAAGGCUAUGAAUUCAAAACAAAAUGAAUUGAAACAUGAAACUGAUAUAGCAUUUCAACAGGAAUAUCGACAAUACCAAAAGGCUUUGGAUCUGUUACUGUCUGCACCAAAGAACGAGAAUGAGAUGUUCUCCUCACCUGGUGAAUUUAUCAUGCCCCCCUAUAAGCCAAAAUAUUCAGAAAAUGUCACAGUUCAACAGGUGAGUGACGAAAGCAAUCUUGGACCAGCAACUUGGGGUGAAAACCAUCCAGGAAUUUCAGACCAUUUAAUAGACCACCAAACCUCUGUACAUGUCAUUGAAGGUGACAAUGACACUGAAAAGGCUGAGAAUUCGAGUGAAUUAUAUUCUCGUAGCACAUUACUGUCCCCGUCUGGUCAGGUCUCUGGCAUCAAAGGUGACAAUAAUCAUGACAAGGAAUUACCAACUCAUCAAAUCAUGGAAAUGAGCAUUGAAGACUGCGCUUUAGAUAUUUGAUCAUCAUUAAUAAAUACCCCAGAUGGCCAGUAACUCAAUAUAUUUUCUUUGUUUUCCUCUUAUAUGUUAAGAUUUCUGUAUAGUUUUCAAUGCUAAUUAAUAAAUGGCUAUAAAUUUA